AUGGCGGCGGAUUCGGCGGCGGCGACUGAGGGAACUCGCUCCCUAUUGGUUGUUCCCGACAUCCUUCGCCUCCCUCCGAUCCGCUCUCCGGGUUUUGUUUUGUUUUUGGCCAGUCGCGUCGCUCGCCGCCUCCGGACAUCCACUCGCCGGGUUUUGCCUGCGAGGAUCGAGCGGCGCUGGGGAGCCCAAAGAGUUUCGGGCGCUCGGCGAGGCUGCCGGUUUCCGAGCGGCGGGUGCCAAGCUCCAGGGGAGGCCGGGAGUCCCCCCCCCCCCACGGAUGGACGAGGGCGCGACGCGUUCGGGACGUUCCCGGUUGGAAAUUGCAACCGGCCGACACAACGAGUUAAGGAGACGAGCACCACGCAGGAAGUCCAGGCGCCUUCCUUACAACUGAUUUAUUGCAAGAACGUGCCCGUGGGUCGAGCAUCCUCCGCCGUGCACGCGCAUUUGGGAGUCAUGCUCUCGCCCCGCAGAUGGCGGCGGUCGGCUGGAAACCGGAAGCGUCGGGCUGAGCUGGGCAGCUCGACUACUGCAGCCUCUUUGGAGAGGACCCUGGGAACGCUAGGUCCCGAAGGAGAAAAGAUGUGGCCCACGAAGUACCCAUUUUGCGGGGGACUAUUCCAGUCUCCCAUAGAUUUCCAUGAGGAUAUUCUCCAGUUCGAUGCCAGUCUUCUACCAAUAGAACUGGAAGGCUACAACGUGUCAUCUCUUGAACAGUUUAUCUUGAUCAACAAUGGACAUUCAGUCAAAAUGAGCCUCUCCCCCACCAUGCACAUCCGAAGCCUCCUGAACAAGUUCUCUGCCGCUCAGCUCCAUUUGCACUGGGGAAGCCAGAAGAAUCAGGAAGGAUCGGAACACACAGUUGGCGGGAAGCAUUUCGCUGCGGAACUCCAUAUUGUACAUUAUAACUCUGACCAAUAUCUAGAUAUGGAUUCGGCAGCAGACAAGUCCAACGGACUGGCGGUCCUGGCUGUCCUGAUACAGGUGGGCAAGUUCAACCCUUCCUAUGAGAAGAUCUUCAGUCACUUCCAGAAUGUGAAAUUCAAAGAUCAGGAAACCUACAUUUCCGGUUUCAACAUCCAAGAACUGCUUCCGGAUAGACUGGAUGAGUAUUACCGCUAUGAAGGAUCCCUUACCACCCCUCCUUGCUACCCAAGUGUUGUUUGGACGGUUUUCCGAAAUCCAGUACAAAUUUCCCAUGAACAGCUGCUGGCCCUUCAGACGGCUUUAUAUUGCACCAAGCCAGAUGAUCCCGCCCCCAUAGAAAUGGUGGAGAAUUUCCGGAGAGUGCAGGACUUUGAAAGGAUGGUUUUUGUCUCCUUCCGACAAGGGAAACUCUUUGUGGGGAAAUUCAAAGCAUCCGAGGAAUUCCUUGAGGAGACUGACACGUAAAAAAACCCUCUGAAAAUACUCAUAACGCUGGAUUGCACACACAAAAAAAAUCCACUGUCAUGGGUGCAAAAAUUAG